AUGGGACUGAGGUGUGGGAUGAGGACCACCAAGUGCCAGCUGCUGGUGACCAGCCUCUGUGUCAUGCUGCUGGGGUUGUCCGUUGCCACGCUGAGCACAGUCACCCAUUACGGGCUCCAUUUCGCCCUCAUCAGCGACAUCUCCCUGGAGAGCAACUCCUACAGGGUCAUCCACCACGCAGCUUUCUACUUUGGGAUCUGCCUCAGCAUGACCCUGAUCCUCGCCGCCCUGCUGAGCUCUGCUGCCACAGUGCGGGAAUCGCAGUGCCUUACUGCCAUGGGAUUUUUCUGUUUUGCCCUGGCCUUCUGUGGAUUGAUCCCAGCUGCAUGCUGGAGAUUCACGCACAGCACGGAGGUGGAAGACAGCAUGAUGGAUGUGUACGAUCUUGUGUACGAGGAAGUGAGGAGGAACACCUCCAGCUUCAGGAGGCAUGAGCUGACUGCCAUCCACGAAGCAUUCCUGUGCUGCGGGAAGCACUCUCCAUUUGGGGACACGGCCAACGUCGAGCGCAAGACGUGCCCACCUGGCCAGGUGCGCGAUGCGGGACAGGACUGCCUGCGAGAGAUCCAGGACUUCCUGAAGAAGCACAUGAACUUCGUCUCCAUGCUCCUGGGUGUCACCAUUGGCUUCACGGUUUACGGGAUGAUCCUGACUUCAUUCCUCUGGUUCUCCAUCCACUUCAGCAGCAACCUGGACCGGAAAGGCAAAUACAUCCUGCGAGAAAGGUAG